UUUGCCGCUUAGCUGCUCGGGCUUCUGCUGCUGCGUCUUUGGUUGCCCGGUUCUGCCUGCGGAGCGUCUGGACGGAGCUUUCUCCAGGGCGCGCACACCCCCCGCACCGCUCAGCGCCCUCCGGGUGUGUGUGUGUGUGUGUGUGUCCUCCCUCCUCUCCCACGCGCCGAGACGGUGAAAGUGUGAAGUGCUUCGGCCCCCUCCAGUGCUCAACAGGCUCGUACGGUACCGCCUCCUCUGCUCCCUCCCCAAUCCCUGCGAAGACCGAGGCCAGCUGAUGCGGAGCGGAAAGCGACGCCCAGGGUCUCUGCGAGGGGGACUGAGCCCUGGAGCGCCAGGAUUGGGGACCAGCCCCGUGUCUGGUUCCCGCGCGGAGAGUUCUGCUCGCCCGGCCGGGGAUCUUCCGCAGGAUCAGAACCACCUUUUAAGGAGGAGGAUUUUCGCCCCGGAUCUGCUCCUGCGGGGCCUGCGGAGAAGGCUCUUCUGAAUCCAAGCAUCUGUUCCAGACCCUAAUUCCCAUCAUAACUUUCUCACCAGCUGCUAUGGACCUAAACAACCCAGCGACACUGGAGUCCAUCUCAAACAGCAUCAUACGGCCUUCUGUGUCACGGCCACUGAAGAAUUUGUAUAGGGGUGAACCAAUGGCCCUGGGGAUCACACAGAUCGGCAUCGGCAUUGUGGUAAUUGCUUUUGGGCUGGUGAUAGUCAUGGCAGAAGGGACACUUGAAUACCAUUAUGGUGAAAUACAUAUCCGAACUCCAUACUGGACUGGAAUCCUGUACAUCAUUUCUGGAUCUCUGUCUGUGGUCGUUGCCAAGAAACCUGAGAUAUCACUGGUGAAAGGCAUGCUGGGAAUGAAUGUUGUGAGUGCCGUGGCAGCUGGCAUUGCAAUUGUGAUACUCUCCAUUUCAGUAGCACACAUAAGUUACUACAGUGAGUGUGACGGAUAUUAUAACACAGAAAUGCCGCCUGAAAUUUGCCACGAAGUUAUCACCAUCCCUUACACUCAAAUGCGCUACAUGGCUGCAGUUCUCCUGACGUUCACAAUCCUGGAGUUCCUCAUCACCAUCAUCACUGCUGCCUUUGGAUGUGCCGGUUUAUGUCGGAAUUCCUACAGUGAAACGACUGUAGUGAUUUUUCAGAACACAGCCCGGGGGACCCCGCCUGCUGUCCUGACGCCAGUCAAGGAGGACGAGGCGCCGUGAAUGUCCAUGGCCUCCUUCAUCCAGAAUCACAACCACUUUGUACUCCUCUUUGA